AUGCGCCUCCUCGCUCUCGCCCGCGCGACCCUCAUCGCCGCCCUCACGCCGCUGGCCCUCGCCACGCCCAAUCUCGUCUACCCUCUCCAGGCCCAGCGCCCGCCUGUUGCGCGCUCGAGCGAGAGCUGGACCUUCACCCUCUUGUCCGGCACCUUCUCCUCGUCGAGCGGCGGCACCAUCACCCUCGCCGCGACAUCCACCCUCCCGGCCUGGGCCACGUUCGACGCCUCGAGCGGGUCCUUCUCGGGCACACCGUCCUCGUCCGACCUCGGCUCGACCGCCGUCACCGUUCGGGCGACCGACUCGAGCGACGGCGCGACGGCGUCUGGGCGGUUCACGCUCCUCGUCGUCGACCCGGCGUCGGACCCGGCGCCGUACGUCCGCCUCCCGCUCGAGUCGCAGCUCGCCUCGGCGGCCGCCAUCUCGGGCGGCGGGACGCUCACGCCCGGCGGCGCGCUCAAGGUGCCGCCGCAGUGGAGCUUCUCGUUCGGCUUCGAGCAGUACACGAUCGAGAACGCGCUGCAGCUGCGCAUGUACUACACGGCGUUCGUCCAUGGCACGACGUCGCUCCCGUCGUGGAUCACGUUCGACAACGAGACGGUCACGUUCAACGGGCUCGCGCCGUAUACCCCGGGCGAGUACGAGAUCGACGUCGUCGCGAGCGAGCGGUUCGGGUACGGCGACGCGCGGCAGAGCUUCACGAUCCUCGUCACCAAGCACGCGUUCGAGCUCGUCGGCACCAACGGCACGGGUGAUGGCGUGUUCCCGACCGUUAAUGCGACCGUCGGCGGGCCCGUCAACUACACCGUUCCGCUCGGCCAGCUUCGCCUCGACAACUCGACCGUCAACGCGAGCGACAUCAGCAGCGCCACGGCCGACUUUGCGCAGGCGGGCGUGACGUUCCUCUCGUUCGACAGCGCCGCACUGAGCGUGACGGGCGCCGUCCCGGCCAAUUACUCGCCCACGAGCGCCUCGGGCGUGCCCAUCCCGCUCGUCCUCGUCGACCGCAACAACGACACGCUCCAGGCCAACCUGUCGCUCGUCGUGUACCCUUCCCUGUUCGACACGGCGUCGUUUCCGGCCAUGAUCGACGUCCAGGUCGGCAAGAAGUUCGAGCAGGACCUGUCGGCGUACCUCGCGCCGUCCUCGUCGAGCAAACGGUCGCUCCCGUCGUCGCUCAAGGACGUCACGAUCAACUCGUCGAUCGCGCCGGCCGCAGCCUCGUCCUGGCUCUCGUUCGACCCGUCCGCCUUCACCCUGUCCGGCACCGCGCCCUCGUCCGUGCCCGACUACGAGAACGUGUCGGUCACGCUCGACGCCCUCGACCCGUCGACGUCGGCCGUCUCGCGAGCGUCGUUCGUCCUGUCGGUCAUCGAGGGCGGCGGCAACUCGACGUUCCCGACCUCGUCCCCCUCUGCCGACAAGGGCCUGUCGACGUCCGCCAAACUCGGGCUCGGGCUUGGGCUCGGCCUCGGCCUGCCCCUCCUCAUCCUCGCCCUCGUCCUCGUCGCGUGCUGCAUCCGCAAGCGCCGCCGUAGCGCCGGCACCGCCGGGUCGAGCGGCAAGGGCGGUCGUCGUCCCGGCGGCCUCCUCAUCUCGCACCCGCGCCCGAUGAGCACGUCGCCGGCCCCGAACGGCGCCUUCUCGGCCAGCGCCGUCACGAUCGUCGGCUCGGCAGGGCACGGCGUGGGCGGCGGCGCCAAGGGCGAGAAGGCGUCGCCGCCCGUCGCCUCGAGCGCUCAGUGGGGCAGCGCCGAGAAGGGCUACGUGCCGCCUGUCGGAGGCGCCGAGCACAUGGCGCUCCCCGUCGCCGUCACGUCGCAGUACCCGCACGCGUCGCACAAGCUCGACACGCUGCACGAGGCGGACGAGCCGCCGCCGACGCCGACUGAGCCCAAGGGGCCCAAGCGGUUCGACGUCAUGGGCCGCCUCUUCCGCAGCGAGUCGGGCCAGAGCUUCCUCGACGCGGUGCGCGGCAAGGGCAAGGGGCGCGAGCGCAGCCAGCGCUCGCUCGCGUCGGUCAGCGGCGAGGGAGCGGGAGCAGGAGCGGUCGGUGGCGGCGGCGGCGCGGUCCGCCACGAGGCGUCGCUCUUCGGCCUCGGCAUCGACGACGCUGCGUCGAACGAGACGCGGCGCAUCGUCGUCGUGUCGGACGGCGGGCGCGGCAUCGACUCGGGCACGUACGCCUCGCCCAAGGCGGGGCCGGCGGCAGGGCCGAGCGGGCGCGUCUCGAGCUGGGAGAGCGGCGCGAGCUCGAGCCUGUUCUACUCGGACCGGUCGGCGGCGUCGGGCUCGCCGCGGUCGAUGCCGCACCGGCGCACGGCGAGUCGGACGGGCAGCGCGAGCGGGAGCGGGUUGAGCAGCGCCGGGUACGCCUCGCCGGUCCCGUCGGCGAGCAGCGGGUCGAGCAACGUCUCGGUCGGUGGGACGAGGCGCGGGCCGCCGAGCAUCCCGCAGCGCAGGCGCGACUUCCUCCCCCUCCCGAUCAAGAGCCCGACCGCCCUCGACGUCGACUCGCCCACGCCCAGCCCGAACCGCGACACCUACGACGUCACGCAGCCGCUCAGCCUCACUCGGGACGUGAGCGACGGCACCAUGAGCGACGGCGUCGACGAGGACGAGGUCGGCGGGAUCCGCAUGGUCGGCUCGCACUCGGGUUCGUCGAGCUCGACGCAGGCGCGCCAUCUCGACACGAGCGCCGCCGUGAGCGAGGCGCGGCACUUCCAGCAGUACUCGUCGCCGUCCCGAUCGGGCAGCUACCCGUCCGACUCGCCGUCGCAAGACUCGCUCGUCGCACCGCCUCGCCUCAUCUCGUUCACCCAGGAGCGCCGCCCGCCACCGUUCAGCCGCACCUUCACCUCGCAAACCUCGCUCGCCGCACGCCGACCGUCCGAACCGACCGACACCGAGCAGCGCGAGGACGGCGACGAGGCGGUCGAGGACGCGUGGGAGGACGACGAGGGCGACGACCGACCGCGACCCAGGAGCGCCGUCUACGUCCCCGCCGACGGGCAGGGCUCGCCGACCACCUCGGCCGUCUUCUACCCGUCGGCGGCAGCAGGGUCGUCGAGCGCGCAGCGCGAGACGUGGCAGUCGCGCUCGGCGUACGGCGACUCGGUCCUGAGCCGGACGAGCUUCGACGACGAGGUCCUCGACGAGCAGCGUCUGAGCGCGACAGGCGGCGGCGUGCGGUACGUCGGGUCGGUCGCGUCGACCAACGUGUCGCCGGCCAUGGCGUCGCACUUCACGCACGACUCGGCGAGCCGAUACUCGCAGUCGGACGUGCCGGCGACGCCGCGAUCGGUCGCGUUCUCGGCCGCCUCGUCUCAGCCGACGGCAGCGACGAGCGCCGACUCGCGGCACAAGCGCUCGUCGUCGUACCUCGAGCCGCUGCGGGUCUCGCUCCACGUCGGCGAGCCGUUCCGGUUCGUGCCUCGGCUCGAGCCGGCGCCUUUCGCCUCGAUCUCGUCUUCGCCGGGCCGCAACGGGCCACCGCGCGCGACGUACCACGCGUGGAUCGAGACGGCGCUCCUCGACGAGGCGCUCGCGCGGCGGUACUCGGCCGACGAGCUCGACGACGGCGUCGCGCCGUUGCCCGAGUGGGUGCACUUUGACGGCGCGGCGAUCGAGGUCUUUGGGCUCGCGCGCCGCAUCGACGCCGGCACGUGGCCGCUCGUCGUCAUCGAGCGCAAGGCGCAGCGCACGCCCGGGUCGCCGACGCGAGGAGGAGGAGGAGGAGCGAGGGUCGACGACGACGCCGACGUGACCGAGCAGGUCGUCGGCCGGUUCGAGCUCGUCGUCGUGCACCGCGACGGCGAACCUGUUGGACUCGGUGUCGAGCAGGACAAGGACGAGGGCGAGUUGCGGAUCGUGACUUACUGAGGCGGACGAGGACCGGGCGAGGAUGUAGCCUUUCUUACGGCGUGCGUCGGCGCAAGGUCGACUAAUCUCGAGUACAUAUCUCAUC